CUGAUAGAUGGCACUGACUGGCAUCACUGCUGGGCACUGACUGGCGGCACUGACUGGCACAACCCCUGGGCACUGACUGGUGGCACUGACUGGCAGCACUGGUGGGUGGCACUGGUGGGUAGCACUGGUGGGUGGGCACAGGUGGGUGGCACUGGUGGGUGCACUGCUGGGCACAGGUGGGCGGAACUUGUGGGUGGCACUGCUGGGCACCGAUCAUCAGGGCACUGAUCAUCAGUGCCCUGAUGAUCGGUGCCGAUCCCCGCUCUGACAACUGCCGGUUCUCGGCAGUACUUUCCUCACGAUCUGACAGCGUGAGGAAAGUGCAGCCGAGAACUGGCACUUGCAU